AUAUUACUCUUCGCUAUUUAGCUACAAUCUAGGAGCAAUCAACAACAAAUAACAACCGCUGAAAUAAUUUUUAACAUACAAUACAAUAUGACUGUUCAACAACUGGAGGCGCUCCGUGAUCAACUUCAAUCAGAAAUCAGGUCCUCUUCACCAAAUCUCCAAAAGAUUGGUCAACUCUUGUCCCAGGCUAAGAUUGCUUUGAUUGAAUUGGGUGCUUUUGUACCAGUUGCAGGAAAGACUGAUCACAAUGUUCUGACGACAGCACGUGAUAUUCUUGAAAUUGGCGCUUACUACAGUGUCCGUAUCAAAGAUAUUGCUUCUUUUGAAAGAUAUAUCUCACAGUUAAAUACAUACUAUCAUGACCUUGCAUCAACCCUUCCUCCUUCAGAUCAAAUGUAUCCCUUGAUUGGACUUAAUUUGCUGCGAUUACUUUCUCAGAAUAGAUUAUCCGAUUUCCAUACAGCACUCGAGACCAUCGAUUCUGAUCAAUUGCAAACAAACAAGUAUAUCAAACAGGCUGUUGAUUUAGAGCAAUUUUUGAUGGAGGGUAGUUAUAAUAAGGUCUGGAGUACAAGGAAUACAGUUCAAGGAGAGGAGUUUCUGUUCUUUUACGAUAUUUUAAUUGAUACAAUCAGACAUGAGAUUGCAAGCUGUAGUGAAAAAGCCUAUGAAUAUCUUCCAUUAAACGAUGCCAGUACUUUGUUGUUCUUGAAGAAUACUGAGGAAUUAUUGAAUUUUGCCAAUGCACGCGGAUGGAAAGUUAAUCCAGCUGAACAAAAGCUCUAUUUCGUUUCUGAAGACGAUGAAAAUAUUGAAAUCCCUCAAGAACAAAUUAUUACUCGUACAUUAGGUUAUGCAAGAGAACUUGAGCGUAUUGUAUAAGAACGCUUCUAUGCAAAAAUGGAAAUAAAAAGGAAAACAAAAAAUUAAAAGCGCGAUGUAUGCAAGCAGAAAGAGAGAGAGCUGAAUUGCCUCUUCUGUUUUCUUUAUUUGACACUCUA